AUGGCACGCGUUCUUGCCUUGUCUACCUUGUGGCUGGCAGCAGGCCAAAAGCCUCAUGUGCUCUUCAUCGUGGCAGACGACUACGGUUGGGGCAACUUGGGUGUCCAUCGCCGGGAUGCGGGAGAUUCACCGGAGGAGCUCCAGGGAAAGUUGGAGGUUCACACGCCCAAUCUCGACAGGCUCAUCGAUGAAGGGAUCUUGUUGGACCGGCAUUACGCCCUGCAUUUGUGCUCCCCCAGCCGCGCCGCCUUACAGUCGGGCCGCCUUCCGGUGCAUGUGAACAAGGACCUGAGCGAUUUUGACCUGCAGCUAGUGAAUCCGAAGGACCCAGUGAGCGGCUAUGCAGGAAUCCCGCGGAAUAUGACGUGCAUGGCGGAAAAAAUGCUCGCGGCUGGGUACCGCACCCACAUGGUCGGGAAGUGGGAUGUCGGCGUUGCGACGCCGCAGCACUCACCAAAAGGCCGGGGAUAUGAGACUUGGUAUGGCUUCUACGGCCAUGGCAACGACUACUGGCAUGCGACAAGCGGGAUGACUUCAGCCUUCGGGGCCGUCGACGCGUGCCUGAACCAAAUGAGAGAUUUGUCCAUGCACAACUCGAGCUACUGCGGUCCCGUUCUCGACGAUGCCACCUUGUCAGCUGUGUGCGAAAGCGAUGAUGACAAGGAGUCGGAGCCGUCAUGUUACGAAGAGCAUCGUUUCAAAGAGAGGGUUCUGGAAAUCAUCCGGUUCCAUGACACAGAAGAGCCCUUGUUCCUUUUGUAUGCAUUCCAUUUGCUUCACACUCCUUUGCAAGUGCCGCAGACGUGGCUUCGACGAAUCGAUGACCUUGUUAAGGCGGCAGGUGGCCAUCCCUUUGAUUCCCAAAAUCGGCGACUCUAUGCUGCCAUGAAUCUUUACAUGGAUGCCGCAAUCGGCGAAGCAAUUGAAGCCUUGAAAAAGAGGAAUAUGUAUGACAACACCUUGAUCAUUUUCCUUUCCGACAACGGCGGUCCAAUCUAUGAGCCUGGUGGUGCUUCAAACCAUCCUCUGCGAGGAGGCAAAAAAUCACUUUUUGAAGGAGGCAUCCGAACGAAUGCCUUUGUCUCUGGCGGCUUCGUGCCAGAAUCUCGCCGUGGCACGAAGUUCGAAGGCGUCAUCAGCAUCGCGGACUGGUACGGGACGCUUGCAGAGCUUGCCGGCGUGGACAUCGAGGAUCCAAAAGCCGAGGCGGCCAACAGGUGGCUACGGGAAAAGGGCCUCCCCCUGCUCUUUCCGGUAGACAGCGUGCCGCAGUGGCAAAACAUCCUCCAGAACCGCAACGGCAGAGCCGAUCCCCUGCAUCUCUCUGGAGGAGCCCUGCUGAUGUGGCCAUACAAAGUCCUUACUGGCAAGGUUUACUACGGAGGCUGGCCGGGGCCCGUCUUUCCGAACUGCUCCACUUUGCAAAGCGUUCGAAGGCAAGAGGGGCCAAUGUCCGCAGCGAUUUAUUCAGAUGCUCCCGUAUUCUUGCCCGAAUUCUCCGACGAAAGCAAGGAGUGGCAAACCUGGGUGGUCGAUUGCAGUGAGGGUUGCCUGUUCAAUGUGAGGGAUGAUCCGAAGGAGCUCGUGGAUUUGGCUAAAGAUCCUGACUACAAAUCCAUUUUUCAAAAAAUGCAUGGGACGCUGCAGCAGAGGAACAAGGACAUCUUCGAUCCCGAACGUGGAUCGCCGACCGUGGAAGCUUGUAUCGUGGCUAUCGAGCACGGGCGAACCCUCGGCCCCUUCUUAGACAUCGCCGAGUUCUACAGCCCUACACCUGCGAGGAGCCCGGAUCAGCAAGCUGAAGAUGCGGUGCUGAGUUCCACACUUCGCAUCAUGAACAUGGACAAGAACAAGCUACGGUUUGUCAAUGAGCUGAUGGAUGAGGCGAAGCAUGCUCCGCAUGAGUAUGACAAGUGCCUGGUGCCGCAGGAUGUAAAGCAGUAG